AUGGCAGCGGCCAACCGCACCUUCUUCCACCUCCUCAUCCUCCUCUCCGCCGUCUCCAUCUGCAGAUCUGACGACCCGGAAUGCGUGUACACGGCGUACGUGCGGACGGGGUCGAUAAUCAAGGGCGGCACCGACUCCGUGAUCAGCCUGACGCUGUACGACGCAAACGGGUACGGGAUCCGAAUCAACAAUUUGGAGACGUGGGGCGGGCUCAUGGGCCCGGGCUACAAUUACUUCGAGAGGGGGAACCUCGACAUAUUCAGCGGGCGGGGCCCGUGCCUGACCGGGCCGGUCUGCGCGAUGAACCUGACGUCGGACGGGACCGGAUCGGGCCACGGCUGGUACGUCAACUACGUGGAGGUGACGUCCACCGGGGUCCACCAGGAGUGUGCGCAGCAGCAGUUCGAGGUGGAGCAGUGGCUGGCCACCGACACCUCGCCGUACGAGCUCACUGCCAUCAGGAACUACUGCAAGUCCGCGGCGGCCAGCGGGAGGAAGCGGGCCCCGGGCGGGUCGGAUCUGCCGGCCCCGCUGUCGGUCAUAUGA